UUAAGCCUUGAGACAAUCGACACAUGAUUGUCUAUGUGUGCCAUUCACAGGGUGAAUGAGCAAGACAAAAUAUUUUGUGCCUUCGAAACAGGGUAUGUAGUGGGUUCCAGGUUCACCGGUUUGUGUCAUGAACUGCAAUGCUGCUGGGUUUUUCACGCUCAACAGUUUCCUGUGUGUAUCAAGAAUGGUCCAUCACCCAAAGGACACCCAGCCAACUUGACACAACUGUGGUAAGCAUUGGAGUCAACAUGGGCCAGCAUCCCUGUGGAAUGCUUUCAAAAUGCUUUUUUGGUGUGUAUAGGGAGUAUGGACAGUAUAUGAAUAGAAUAGGUGUGGACAGCAGUAGUUGUAUAGGAUGAGCCAGGACUAGAAUACAGUAUAUCCAUAUAAAGUGGAUAAAACAGUAUGUAACCAUGAAUAAAGGGACCAGUGUUCAAUGUCUCUAUGUACAUAGGGCAGCAGUCACUAAGGUUCAGCCUAGAGUACCGGAAGGUGGCCAGCUAGUAACACUGACUAAGGUUCAGGGCAAGUUACUGGGAGGAGGCCAGCUAGUAACACUGACUAAGGUUCAGGGCAAGUUACUGGGAGGAGGCCAGCUAGUAACACUGACUAAGGUUAAGGGCAAGUUACUGGGAGGAGGCCAGCUAGUAACACUGACUAAGGUUCAGGGCAAGUUACUGGGAGGAGGCCAGCUAGUAACACUGAUUAAGGUUCAGGGCAAGUUACUGGGAGGAGGCCAGCUAGUAACACUGACUAAGGUUCAGGGCAAGUUACUGGGAGGAGGCCAGCUAGUGGUGACAGAUAAACAGUCUGAUGGCCUGGAGAUAAAAGCUGUUUAUCAGUCAUGGCUCGGGUUGCUGAGGUCCUUGAUGAUCUUCUUGACCUUCCUGUGACACCGGGUGCUGUAGAUGUCCUGGAAGGCAGGCAGUGUGCCCUGAUGAUGCGUUGGGCUGACCACACCACCCUCUGGAGAGCCCUCAUCUCUUCUCCUGUCACAUCUUUUUCUCUCUUUGAUCUCUUAGGUAUACAUUCAAAACAGAUCUUUAUUGAUAGUAUGUGACGGCAGACAGAUGUGUUUAGGCUUAUGGCAGAUUGGUCCAUUCAUUGAUCUGUCUGUUAGUGAGAGACGGAGAGAAGCCAGCUAAUCUCACUGUUCUCUAUUGAUCACACACUUAGAGACUACAUACUUUGUCUAAACACUAUUGAUCUCCCUCUCGUAUAGCAUGAGGAUCAAGAGAAUAAAUUAAGGAUAAAAGACACUUGGUGGGAGAGGGAUGAUGAUUUUAUUUGUCUUUAGUGUGGAGAGGGAAGCUGUGAGUGUUUCUCAGGAGCACCAUGAGCGUAGGAAGUGAGACUAAUGACUGUAAUAUUGUAGACUUGGGUGCCCUCUACUGGUCACAAUGUUACAUUGCAUCACAUCCGAUGUAAUUACAAAACAGCGUGGGAUUGAGCUUGUGUAACUGGCUAUCAGCUGUUGAGUAACUCAUUCACGUUGCAGCAUACUCGAUCCUCUCUGUCCCACUAUCACCACUAAUUGAAAACUAUCGAAAAAUGCAAAAGAAAUCAACAACCUUUAACAUUGUCUUCUCAUGGAUGAUUACGACCUAAUCUGGAUUUUUGGGGGGUAUUUGGAAUUUUAAGAGAGACUGUAGGGAAUUCCUCUGUUUUAUUGCUUUUCAUCACCAGCAAUAGACCAUGCCUGUAUCGGGUGGUGAGGACCCCAUGUCCCAGGUUCGUCAGAUGCUGAGAGAGUUGCUUGUGGGGAGAGAGAACGCCGAGGGCUUCUUCUGUCUGUGUGUGUCUGUACUGGGACACAACGAUACACGGACACAUUUCUUGCCGCUCAUCCAGCUCCUAGCCACCGAUCACAACAGGCUUCACACCACCCUCACCUCCAUCUAUUUGGAAUACUUCUCCAAGGAUGAGGAUGAUGAGUUGGCAGUGGCUCUGGCUCUGUCCCUAUUAGAGGUCAAAGGGCAACAGCAGACUAAUACCAAGCCCCUCUUCCUAGACCCUAAACUCCAGGGUCAAACAGACACCCAGGCUACGGCAACCUACAGACCCCAGAAUAGUUCCAUUCAGAGUCAGUCAGUUUCUCCUAAUGGUAGCUCCAGCCAGCCUCCGCCAGCCCCUCUGCCCACGGGUGCGAGCUACGCCCAGCUAGCAGCAGUAGGAGGAAGGAGACAGACUCAGGCUCAACACCAAGACUCCACAUCACCCAGAAGAUCAUCUGGACAUGGCAGCUCUCCUCAGACAGAGAGUCAGAGAGGCCCAACCCAGACCCAGAAACAGACAGACAUAAAGUGGUCUAACGUCACUCAGGAUGUGUGCGCCUCUAUUGCCACUUUGACAUCCAAUCUCAACCAAACCAAAGAUGACGUCACUGUGGUGGAGUGCAAAGUGGACCAAUCUGAGAAGCCAAAGCGCUCAAAGAACCGACGUCAGCGGAGGAAGGGGUAUGGCCAGCAGGUGGUAGGUGUGCCUCGAUGCCCCUCGGCUCCACCCCCUGUGCUGCUGUGGUUCCGCAGGGACCUGCGUCUCCAUGACAACCCAGCUGUGAUUGGCUCGUUGGAGGCUGGAGGGCCGGUCAUCCCCGUCUUUAUCUGGUGCCCAGAGGAGGAGGAGGGUCCUGGGGUAACCGUGGCUAUGGGAGGGGCCUGUAAAUUCUGGCUGCACCAGGCCCUGUCCUGUCUCAGCUCUGCUCUGGAACACAUCGGCAGCCAUCUUGUUUUCCUUCGGCCAGAUGAGGAGAGAGAGGGGAUUGGUUCUUCGCUGCUUGCCCUGAGGAGUCUGGUGAGAGAGACGGGGGCUCAGACGGUGCUGGCUAGCGCCCUCUAUGAGCCGUGGCUGAGAGAGCGGGACCAGGUAGUGGUGUCAGCGCUGCAGAAAGACAGGGUGGAGGUUAACAUGGUCCACUCCUACUGUCUCAGAGACCCUUAUACUGUUACUACUGAGGGGGUGGGACUCAGAGGUAUUGGUUCUGUAUCCCACUUCAUGAGUUGCUGUCAGAUGAACCCUGGCCCAGGGUUAGGGGUUCCCCUGGACCCCCCCAUAUCGCUCCCCUCACCCUCUGUCUGGCCCAGAGGCUGCCCUCUGGAGGGGCUAGGACUGGCACGAAUGCCCUGCAGGAAGGAUGGAACCACGAUUGACUGGGCAGCUAACAUCAGGAGUUCAUGGGACUUUAGUGAGGAGGGGGCCCAGUCACGUCUAGAGGCCUUUCUAAAUGAUGGUGUGUACAGAUAUGAGAAGGAAUCAGGGCGUGCGGAUGCCCCGAACACCAGCUGUCUGUCUCCUUACCUGCACUUUGGCCAGCUGAGUGCUCGCUGGCUGCUGUGGGACACUAAAGGGGCGCGCUGCCGAUCCCCCAAGUUCAUACGAAAACUGGCCUGGAGGGACCUGGCCUACUGGCAGCUAACAUUGUUCCCAGACCUGCCCUGGGAAUCACUCAGACCACCAUACAAGGCCCUUCGGUGGAGCAAUGAGAGGGGUCAUCUGAAGGCGUGGCAGAAGGGCAGGACAGGUUAUCCUCUAGUAGACGCUGCAAUGAGACAGCUGUGGCUGACUGGAUGGAUGAACAACUAUAUGAGACACGUAGUGGCUUCUUUCCUCAUAGCUUAUCUCCAUCUACCAUGGCAGGAGGGAUAUCGCUGGUUCCAGGACACCCUUGUGGAUGCUGACGUGGCCAUAGAUGCCAUGAUGUGGCAGAAUGGAGGCAUGUGUGGUCUGGACCACUGGAACUUUGUCAUGCACCCUGUUGACGCAGCCAUGACCUGUGACCCUUACGGAAGCUAUGUCAGGAAGUGGUGCCCUGAGCUGGCGGUGCUGCAUGAUGACCACAUACACAAACCCUGGAAGUGCCCAGCCUCCAUGCUGCGCCGUGCCGGUGUAGUCCUAGGCCAGUCCUACCCAGAGCGUGUGGUGACAGAUCUGGAGGAGAGGAGAAGCCAGUCUUUGCAGGACGUGGCAUUGGUGAGGCGGCGUUUUGGGCAGUACGUGGACCCCUGCUCGGGGUGCGACCUGGUCCCCCUGCCCCCCCGCCUGGUCUCAGAGGCCAUGGGUGGAGGUAUGGUCAACACAGGUGGGCAGUUCCUCCUGCCUGUUAUCACCCGUAUGGAGUUCAAGCACCAAUCAGACGAUCCAGACGCUGCCUUUAACCCCUAUAAUGCCGUUCUGAAGGGCUACGUGAGCCGCAGGCGGAAUGAGACCAUCGCCUUCCUGAACCAGACAGACUUCACAGCCAGCGUGAUAAACGAGGGAGCAGAGAGGAGGGAAAGACAGGAGCAAGACCAGAGGAGGAUGGAGGGACUACCACGCCCCCUUGCAGUUGAACGAAGGGGAAAGAGGACCCCCGCUGCCAAGGACAGGUUCUCCACAGUGCCUGGGGGAGUGGCUACUUCUCACAAAUGACCAUAAGGGCAGGGGCUAAAGGUUCGAUAGAGCCACUGUGGUGCCCAAUGGCCUUUCCUCAAUUGAUUUGCUUAACUUCUGCGUCCUUCCUCACCUACUUUUGAAAAUGGUCAAAGGUAAAUCAAGGAGACGCGGGGAAGAGAGGGAACGUGGACAAAAAUGUGCUUGUAUCAAUUGUCUCUCCUUCAUUCAUGUGUUGUCAGGCAAAUUGUUUACAGUGGAUCACAAAAAAUAAAUGUGUAAAG